AUGGAGAGAACCAAUCCAGUAAGGGACAAGGAUGCAAUUAAUUUGCAACAUAAAACAGGAUGCAUAGAAUUUUCUGAAGAUUGCAAGGAAAAGGAAAUGAGCUAUUCUGAAUCCCUAGAGCCAUCAUCAAUGCAGGCACUUCAGUUUAUCAGAACAGAACUACUGAAGACACAGAAAUCCAUAAGCGAUCUGCAAACCGAGCGAAGGUUACUGAGGAAGCAAUUAAGUUGCUGGAAUGGCACCGUCCAAGUACUCCAAGAAACUCAAGAAGACAAUCAUUGCAAAAUAGAAGCCCAUAUACGUACUUUAGCAGCCAGCAGUGACUGUCUGAGAAAAGAACUGGAAGAGUUGAGACAGAAUGUUCAGGGUAUACUUUAUUUCUCAAAGAUAAAACAAAAAAAUGGACCGAGCAUUUCCUAAUUCCAUUCGUUCAGAUGACUGUGGUUUUAAUAAGACUGGGGUAUCCUUCCAGAGGAGCAAGAAGAGCCGCCAGCUCAAUUUAGAGAGAGAAAAUGACUAUCUGAAGGCCCGAAACAAACAGACACUGACACAUAUGAGACACUUGUG